AUGGUGUAUAUACCGCCUCUGAACUUUGCCCCUGUGGUGAGCACGGAAGUAUCACUGUACCGAUCAGGAUAUCCCAUGCCAUUGAAUUAUCCGUUCAUUGCAGACCAGCUACAGCUGAAGACAGUAAUCUACGUCGGUGACAAAGAGAUUUCAGAAGACUAUCGGGAGUUUCUGGCCUCGCAGAAUAUUGUGUACGAAUACGUUCAUGUUGAGUCCUGUCGCGAUGCAAACAUCAAAGAACAGAUGGACCAGGUUUUGCGUAAAGUGCUCGAUAAACACAACUACCCGAUACUGAUACACUCGAACAAGGGCAAGCACCGAGUCGGUGUCGUGGUGGGAAUCAUACGAAAAGUGCUACAGGGAUGGUCCACAACGGGCGUGUAUCAGGAAUAUGACAUAUUCAGCGGUGGACUGAAAGGCGGUGUGGACCUUGAGUUUGUCACGAUGUUCGAGACGGACCUGACAGUGCGUAGAAACACGAUGCCGGACUUUGUAGUCGUACAAGACCACGGCACGCUGAAAAAAAGCGGUUCCUGA